ACCGCGAAAAGACUCGUCUCUGAACACUUCAUUAAUACACAGGACACGUCUGGCAGCUCUGAGCAGAGUGCAUUGCUGAUUUAUUCUACUGGUUUGAAUUUUAAAUGAUUUUCCCCCUCCACAUUUCACUAGAGAGUGAGUCCGGAUCACUAGGUCUCGCCUAUCUCGUGCUUCCAAUUCUGUCACCACGCCAAACCGCCGCGUCUUUACGGAAUGACAGAGAAGAGCCGACAGCAAUACGCAAAAAGGGGUGUGUGCAUGUGCGUGCGUGUGUGUUUAUGCGUGUCAGACUAGAGCACGGAAAGCCAUAGGGAGCGGAAUCGAAUGCAAGAAGCUGCCUUCUCUGUUGCUCGAAUACCGCAGCAAUUAAUCCAUAAAUCAUGACAUAGUGAAAACUGGAUUCGCUUGAGCAGGAUCCUGACACAUGAAAUACAGGUAUCAAGCCGUAGGGAGGCGAGCCGCGUAAACGUUUUUUAUAAUGCGGGCGUGAGUUACAUACAGUAUUACUCUGCGAGAGAAGACGGGGGGAAUUGGAGGGAUACGCGACCGCACUCCUAUACUACUGUCCGUCUACGCAGAACCGAGGGGAGCAGAGCAAGGCGCAGGCCAGUAUGUCGAACCGAAAACAUCGGGACAACCAAGAAAUCUGCGCCCGGAAAGUGCGGGAGCUCGCCCAGUCCGGAGUCAACAAGCACUGCUUUGAAUGCGGCCAGCCUGGGGUGACUUACAUCGAUAUCACCGUAGGUUUUGUGUGCACGUCGUGCUCUGGAAUUCUGAGAGGCCUCAAUCCUCCCCACAGAGUCAAGUCCAUCUCCAUGACAACCUUCACCCAACAGGAAGUGGAGUUUUUGCAAAACCAUGGUAAUGAGGUGGGCAAGAGGACCUGGCUGUGCGCUUAUGACCCCAAGACGGACGGCUGCUUCGACACCCGCGACGCUCAGAGGCUGAAGGAAUUCCUCCAAGACAAGUACGAGAAAAAGAAGUGGCAUUUUUCUAAGAACAAGACCUGGAGGGAGGCAGAGGGCCCAUUCAGUCCUGGCGGGCAGGGUCUGUCGCCACCCCACCCCCGAGCCCCGGGCCAGCUGUCCUCAGGGCCGCCCACGCGCACGCUGUCCCAGUCCCACCUGGCGUCCUGGGACAAAGCCCCCGUCCCAUCGCCCACAGACCUUCGCACGGACGUCUUCACCGCCCGCCCGUCCCGCUCCCAGAGUCUCCGAGAUCCUUCCGUGAAAGACACCAUACUGUGUGGGAUUGAGAGGCAGCGUCCCAGUACCAUUUUACCUGGAAUGGCCCCCCAAAGCCACGGCCCGCUCUUCCCUGCCCUCCCACGCCCCUCAGCCAGUAGCACUUUUAAAAACAGUUUUACUUUAGGUCGAUCAACAUCCUCGUCCGGGGGCUCCAUCCCUUUCAAAGCCAUUCCAAAAUCACUCAGCGUUGACUCUGGGGGCCUAAGUCAGCACAUGGGACUGAAUCCAUCUCUGGCAGCCCCGGUUUCGCAGGACCGGUACGCUGCUCUGUCCCAGCUGGACAGCGUCUUCUCUGAUUCCAGCUCACCUGUGGCAGCGCCCUCUGGUGGAUUUACGCAGGGCAGCGCGCUGUUUGGCAACAGGUUGUCCUCCAGUUCUACUCCAGCUAGCUCACCUGGUAUAACGGAUCCAGUCUCCAGCCCGCAUGUGUUCUCAAGUUUUCCCACCCCCUUCUCGACCUCCACUGGCCCUCAGGCCUCCUUAUCUCCCAGCAACCCUUUCAGCACCACGCUGGCAGGCGACCCUGUUCGCAGCGCCCCGGGAAUCUUCCCCCAGUCAACGAGCUUCUCCUCCACCAGCGGCCGCAACGUGUUUGCCCCGCAGUCGACAAGCGCUCAGGAGGCCAAUGGUCUUGCCUCCGUUCCCGCCCCGGAAUCCUACCCAAGACCUGCCCGUCCUGUAUCUGUCAACCCUUUUACCGGGAGUGUAUAUCCACGCAAAGCAACCUCGCAGAACCCUUUCAUCUGAUUCCACACCCAGCCGAGCCGCACAUCAAGGCGCAGCAAACGGGUUUGGGUAUGAGGGGAAGAGUCGCUGGUUUUCUAGCACUUUCCAAGCGCUUUAGCGUGGGUAGUGUCCAGCUGCAGUACCGCCACAAACCAUUAGAGGGCAGACAUCAGCGGCACUACCUGACCAAAGUCCACCACACUCCAAAACCUCACUCUUACUGCCAUUAAUGACCUGUGUUAUUCCUUUUAAUCAGCGUCACACGCAUUUGUACCACAUUGUAAUAGACUACCGCUUGCUUUUGAGUAUUUUAGAUGUGGAAUUUUAAGAAGGAAACACGAGACCAUGUAGAUGAAGGUAAAAGCAGACGACUGAGUAUAUUUCUGAUGUGAAGACUAUUUUUACCAAUGAAGAUAUAGAAAUUCCGCCAAUAAUGCACGACAGCUACUCAUUAAGAACAGCUUUUCCAUGUAUUAUAUGUAUGAAGCUUUUGUAUUUUUAGUUUUUAAACGCAUAUGUACAGUUUCAAUCUGCAUGUACCUAAACUAUUCAAAUGCUAUGGAAUGUAAAGUGGGACAAUAAUUUUAAAAUGAUUAACAUGUUGUAGAGGACCAAACUAUUAUUUCCCCCCCUGGCGACUUCAGAAAAAAAAGCGUAUAUGGAAAUUAUGGGUGAUGUGUAAUAAAUUAUAAAUACUUCGGUAUAGUAGGGUAUCCUGUAAGAUUGAUAUGGCAUGUGUUGUUUUUUAUUUUGGGGGGAGGGGGGGGUGUUUCUUGGAAAUUGUAGGUGUAUCUACCAUCCAGCGUCUGCUCGAGCAGCCCAUUGGAGCAAGAAGGUGAUGUUAAAACAUGAAAAGUCAUUCAACUUCUGUUAUGUGAGCCUGGCUGUAUUGAGAAUGGGUUUUUGACUCACGCUUUGUUAUCAAAAACCUCGCCCCUAUUAUGCCAUCGGUUUCAAUUUUCCAGAAAAUAAAGCGAUGUAUUUCCCAA